GCAUUUCCGGGGCAGCAGCAUCCCGGCCCGGCCCGGCCCUCCCCGCCGCCGGUGCUGCGCUGGAAGCCCGGGUUCUCCCGGAAGCGGCCUCCCUGUUGGGGUCCCCGCUGGCCGGCUGCGGCUGCGGGCCGCCGGGGCCGAGGCGAUGGCGGAGGCGCCGCUGCUGCUGCUGCCGGAGGCGGAGCGGGACGCUCGGGAGAAGGUGGCCCUGUGGGAUCGGAUACCGGACUUGACGGCGCCGCUGACCGACAGACAGGCCUACUCGGUGCUGCAGCUGCAGGCGGUGGCGGAGAACCUGCCGGUGCCGGCCGAGCUCCCAGUUGAAGACUUGUGCAGUUUGCCAUCCCAGUCGCUGCCUGAUGAGCUGAUUUCAAUAGUGCCUGAAUCCACAGAAGAUGUUCUCUUGAAGGGUUUCACUUCUUUAGGAAUGGAAGAAGAAAGAAUUGAAACCGCACAGCAGUUUUUCUCAUGGUUUGCAAAGCUGCAAACUCAGAUGGAUCAGGAUGAAGGAAUUAAAUAUAGACAGAUGAGGGAUUACUUGUCUGGGUUUCAGGAGCAGUGUGACGCCAUCCUGAAUGAUGUAAACAAUGCUCUACAGCAUCUGGAGUCAUUGCAGAAACAGUACCUUUUUGUGUCCAAUAAGACGGGAACCCUACACGAAGCCUGUGAACAGCUCUUAAAAGAACAGUCGGAACUUAUUGAUUUGGCUGAAAACAUUCAACAGAAGCUUUCCUAUUUCAAUGAAUUAGAAACUAUUAAUACGAAACUGAAUUCUCCAACGUUGUCUGUGAAUAGUGAAGGAUUUAUACCUAUGCUGGCCAAGUUGGAUGACUGUAUAACAUAUAUCUCCUCGCAUCCCAAUUUUAAAGAUUAUCCUGUGUAUUUACUGAAGUUUAAACAAUGUCUUGCUAAAGCUUUACACCUCAUGAGGACGUAUACUGUGAACACACUACAGACCCUCACCAGCCAGUUACUAAAAAGGGAUCCUCCCUCUGUACCUCAUGCAGACAGUACCUUCACACUAUUUUAUGUGAAAUUUCGAGCAGCUGCCCCCAAAGUCAGAACUCUUAUUGAGCAAAUAGAGCUCCGAUCUGAAAAAAUGCCUGAAUACCAACAGCUGCUGAGUGACAUCCACCAGUGUUACCUUGAUCAGCGGGAGCUCCUUUUGGGCCCCAAUAUAGCAUGUACUGUCGCAGAGUUAACCAGCCAGAAUAACAGAGAUCAUUGUGCCUUGGUUCGCAGUGGCUGUGCCUUUAUGGUCCAUGUAUGCCAGGAUGAGCAUCAGCUUUAUAAUGAAUUUUUUACAAAACCAACAUCAAAAUUAGACGAGCUUCUCGAGAAGCUGUGUGUGUCACUGUAUGAUGUCUUCAGGCCAUUGAUCAUUCAUGUUAUUCACCUGGAGACUCUGUCGGAACUUUGUGGGAUUCUUAAAAAUGAGGUCCUUGGAGAUCAUGUGCAGAACAAUGCGGAACAACUGGGAGCAUUUGCAGCUGGAGUAAAGCAGAUGUUGGAGGAUGUUCAGGAGCGGCUUGUCUACCGGACUCACAUUUAUAUUCAGACAGACAUCACUGGCUACAAACCAGCUCCCGGAGACCUGGCGUAUCCCGAGAAGUUAGUCAUGAUGGAGCAAAUUGCACAAAGUUUAAAAGAUGAACAGAAGAAGGUACCUUCUGAAACGACAUUUUCAGAUGUUCGAUUAGAAGGAUCAGAAGAUAACAGCCUCCCAAAGUCUGGUUCAGCAGAGUCUCUCAACCCUAGAUCGCAGGCCACAGUUUCUCCAGCGGAUCUUCAUGGGAUGUGGUAUCCUACCGUGCGGAGAACUCUCGUCUGUCUUUCCAAGUUGUACAGAUGCAUAGAUAGGGCAGUGUUCCAAGGAUUAUCCCAAGAAGCCUUGUCGGCCUGCAUUCAGUCUUUACUGGGAGCGUCAGAAUCCAUCAGCAAAAACAAGACUCAGAUUGAUGGACAGCUCUUCUUAAUUAAGCACCUUUUGAUUCUUCGUGAACAAAUUGCUCCAUUUCACACUGAAUUCACCAUUAAGGAAAUUUCCCUGGACCUCAAGAAAACUAGAGAUGCAGCAUUUAAAAUCCUGAACCCUCUGACUGUCCCACGGUUUUUUAGGCUGAAUAGCAACAACGCCUUGAUAGAGUUCUUGUUGGAGGGUACUCCUGAGAUAAGAGAACAUUAUCUCGACUCUAAAAAAGAUGUGGACCGUCAUCUGAAAUCAGCCUGUGAACAGUUCAUUCAGCAACAGACGAAGCUGUUUGUGGAGCAGAUGGAGGAGUUCCUGACGAAGGUUUCAGCAUUAAAAACAAUGGCCAGCCAGGGAGGCCCCAAGUACACUCUCUCACAGCAGCCCUGGGCACAGCCAGCAAAGGUCAGUGACCUGGUGGCUGCUGCCUUCAAGACAAUAAAAGCAAAGUUGCCUUUGACGUUGAGGAGUAUGUCAUUGUACCUAUCUAAUAAAGAUACCGAAUUCAUCUUGUUUAAACCUGUUAGGAAUAACAUUCAGCAAGUCUUCCAGAAGUUCCAUGCUCUGCUAAAGGAUGAGUUCAGCCCUGAGGACCUUCAGAUCAUCGCCUGCCCUCCUAUGGAACAGCUGACCCUCCUGCUGACUGUUGCUAAAUAAGCCGGCCAGUUGGGCUGUACCUGUCCAUGCUCUGCCCGGUAGGAGCAUGCGGAGAAGUCUCGCGGCCAACAGGACGCUAAGGAGAGCGGUGUGGGAAUGGUCCCCGGCCCAUGCAAGUGUGCUGCUCAGGGCUGACUGCAGGAGCCCAUCCAGGCCCAGCGUUACAAGAUCGGCGUGUCCCAUUUAACAACAUCCUAAUGCCAAAGAUGAAUGGACGGGCAACCACAACCACCUGCUGGGAUGGUCCCAAGAAGUGUGAAUGUUUGACAGAUAACUACGGCAGGUGCACCGUGAAAUGUUCUUUCCAAAUAUGGGCAAUAAAAAUAGGUGAGAGCAAGUAGGGGAAAGAAGUUUACAAGAACACAACUAAUAAGCAAGCUUCGGAGAGCACAGUUGCUGCCGCAUGAAGCAGGGCAACACUUUGAUCCACUGAGCAUUCCACAGUGACUGUUAUUCCUUCCAGAAAUGUUCUUCCUGCAGUGUUUAUUGUCAUGUCUCCUCUGUCAUUUGAAGUUUAGUUUGGAAUAGGUUGGUUGCUUGUGAGAACAUGUUCUGCUUUCCAUGUUUGAUGUGAGGUGGUUAAAGAUGCAAGAAUCUCACAGGAGGCCCUCGUAGCUGCCCUCCAUGCCCCAUUUAGGUGCAGAAUGUUCUAAAGUGACAGCCAUGUAUGGUGUCUGUAAUGAGGAUCUUCAUGAUCCAGUAGUCAGUGCUUGUGAGGGGGACGACCAAUGAAGGUGUCUUUAACUAGCCCCAUAAAGGAGAGACGGAAGCCUGCGCAAGGGCACAUGUCAGGAAUGAAGGCCAGGGUUAGCACACGGUUGUACACUGCCUUUUUGUACUUCAGUUCUUUGAAAAGCAAACGCCAGGCCCAGCGCGAUAGCGUAGUGGUUAAAGUCCUCGCU